UAUCUUUAUAAAAGCCAUGCAACGGUCAUAGAACUAUCCAGUUCAAUCGAAACCAUUGAAUAUGCUACGAUUCUUGCUGACGUUCUGCCUAGUAGCAGCCACUUUGGCCGAUGAGGUCCAAAACGGUCGCAUCGUCGGCGGUCACCAGGCCGGCCGUGGCCAGUUCCCGUUCCAGGCCUCGCUGCGCAACGCCCGCCACGUGCACACCUGCGGCGCGGUCAUCAUUAGCGACCGCUGGCUGCUGACGGCCGCCCACUGCACGCUGAAGAGUGCGCUGUACGAUAUCCGUGUCGUCGUUGGAUCGCCCGAUCUCGAGGACGGUGGCGAAAGCUACAACCUGGCCCAGAUCAUCGAACAUCCGGACUUUAACCAGGUCACGCUGGAGAACGACAUCGCCCUGCUGCAGACGGCCUACCCUCUCACGAUGAGCAACCUGGUGGCGGCGAUCGAGCUCGGGGACUCGUACCUCCCUGGGGGUGAAACGGGAACCAUGUGCGGCUGGGGACAGACCUCGUACGGGUCGACCACACCACGCCGGCUGCAGUACAUGCAGACCAAGGUGCUGAACAAUGAGGAGUGUCGGCUGCGCCACAGCAUCCAGAACCGUCAGCGGAUCUCCGAGAGUAACCUGUGCACGUAUAUUCGAGAGGGAGCCGGAACUUGCAUGGGAGAUUCUGGAAGUGCGCUGGUCUUUGACAGCAAGCUGGUUGGAUUGGUUUCGUGGGGAGUCCCGUGUGCGUCUGGAAUGCCCGAUGUGUUCACCCGGGUUGCCAGCCAACGGGCUUGGAUCCUGAAGACCACCGGAAUCGGAGCUUAAGCUAAACCGAGAGUCUUGUGAAUGGGUGAGGGGUCAACGAGGUUAAAAAUAAAUAUUUUAAAUUCAACAAA